CAGCGGUGGGGGACUCUGCUGAGUCGAAGACAGCAGCCCGGCCACCGGACCUACUUACUCGCCUUGCUGAUUGUCCAUUUUUAUACGAGUUUACGACUUUUUAAGAACUUUUGUAUACAAAGGAACUUUUUAAAAAAAAAAAAACACGGGCAUCUACCAUUUAUAUUUAAUCCAAAGAAGAAGGAUCUCGGGCAAUUUGGGGUUUUGGUUUUGACUUCGUUUCUAAGUCUUUUUUUUCCCUCUUCGUUGACUUUGGGGUUCGGGGUAUCCCCACCGCUUCGGCCUGCCGAGGACCUUCUGGGCCCCCACAUUAAUGAGGCAGCCACCUGGCGAGUCUGACAUGGCUGUCAGCGACGCACUGCUCCCGUCCUUCUCCACGUUCGCGUCCGGCCCCGCGGGAAGGGAGAAGACACUGCGUCCAGCAGGUGCCCCGAAUAACCGCUGGCGGGAGGAGCUCUCCCACAUGAAGCGACUUCCUCCUCUACUUCCCGGCCGCCCUUUCAACCUGGCGGACAUCAACGACGUGAGCCCCUCGGGCGGCUUCGUGGCCGAACUCCUUCGGCCCGAGUUGGACCCAGUGUACAUUCCGCCGCAACAGCAACAGCCGCCAGGUGGCGGGCUGAUGGGCAAGUUUGUGUUGAAGGCGUCGCUGAGCGCCCCCGGCAGUGAGUACGGCAGCCCGUCGGUCAUCAGUGUUAGCAAAGGCAGCCCGAACGGCAGCCACCCGGUGGUGGUGGCGCCCUACAGCGGCGGGCCGCCACGCAUGUGCCCCAAGAUCAAGCAGGAGGCGGUCUCUUCGUGCACGGUCGGCCGGCCCCUGGAGGCCCACUUGGGCACGGGACCUCCUCUCAGCAACGGCCACCGGCCGACGGCGCACGACUUCCCCCUGGGGCGGCAGCUCCCCAACAGGACUACCCCGACCCUGGGAGCGGAGGAACUGCUGAGCAGCAGGGACUGUCAUCCUGCCCUGCCGCUGCCCCCGGGCUUCCACCCCCACCCGGGGCCCAACUACCCACCCUUCCUGCCAGACCAGAUGCAGCCGCAGGUGCCGCCGCUCCAUUACCAAGAGCUCAUGCCACCCGGGUCCUGCAUGCCAGAGGAGCCCAAACCUAAGAGGGGGAGAAGGUCGUGGCCCCGGAAAAGGACAGCCACUCACACUUGUGAUUAUGCGGGUUGCGGCAAAACCUACACGAAGAGUUCUCAUCUCAAAGCACACCUGCGAACCCACACAGGUGAGAAACCUUACCACUGUGACUGGGAAGGCUGUGGGUGGAAGUUUGCCCGCUCAGAUGAACUGACCAGGCACUACCGAAAACACACUGGGCACCGCCCCUUCCAGUGCCAGAAGUGCGACCGGGCAUUCUCUAGGUCGGACCACCUCGCCUUACACAUGAAGAGGCACUUUUAAAUCCCCAAACAGUGGACGUGACCCACACUGCCAGAAGAGAAUUCAGUAUUUUUUUUCCCUUUACACGGUCUUCCCGAUGAGGGGAGGAGCCCAGCUGGAAAGCACUACAAUCAUGGUCAAGUUCCCAGCAAGUCAACUUGUGAAUGGAUAAUCAGGAGACGGGAGGAAGCCCAAAGACAAAUCAAAGAACAGAUGGGGUCUGUGACUGGAUCUUCUAUCAUUCCAAUUCUAAACCCAACUUGAAUAUUCCUGGACUUACAAAACGCCAAGGGGGUGACUGGAAGCUGUGGAUAUCAGGGUAUAAAUUAGAUCCGUGCGUUGGGAGGGGGGUGGGGGGGAGGGAAGACCAGUAUUCCCUGGAAUUGUGUUUCGAUGCAAUAUACAUAUAAAGAUCACCUUGUAUUCUCUUUGCCUUCUAAAAGCCAUUAUUAUGAUAUUAGAAGAAGAGGAAGAAAUUCAGGUACAGAAAAUGUGUUUUAAUAGCCUAAACGAUGGUGCUUGGUGAGUCUUGGUUCUAAAGGUACCAAAUGAGGAAGCCAAAGUUCUCAAACUGCUGCAUACUUUGACAAGGAAAAUCUAUUUUUGUCUUCCGAUCUACAUGUAUGACCUAAGUCAGGUAAAUACACCUGGUUUACUUUAACAUUUUUAUGCAGACAGUCUGUUAUGCACUGUGGUUUCAGAUGUGCAAUAAUUUGUACAAUGGUUUAUUCCCAAGUAUGCCUUAAGCAGAACAAAUGUGUUUUUCUAUAUAGUUCCUUGCCUUAAUAAAUAUGUAAUAUAAAUUUAAGCAAACUUCUAUUUUGUAUAUUUGUAAACUACAAAGUAAAAUGAACAUUUUGUGGAGUUUGUAUUUUGCAUACUCAAGGUGAGAAUUAAGUUUUAAAUAAACCUAUAAUAUUUUAUCUGAA